UUGCAAAGAUGGAAAGACCGAAAUACCCACACAUUUUCUGUGCGCGUUGUGCCCUCAUCUCUCAUCUCUGCUCUCCCUUCGCAUUUGACGCCUCCAUCUGUUCUCUCUGCCGUGCUCUGCCUUCGUACCAAAAACACUGAUCUGCUACCAAAAACCAGAUGGGUAAAAACAACACUUCCAACUCCAAGGCAAAAAAAACAAGAGCAGUAUGGGUAGAUCCAAGUUGGACAACUACUUUUUGUAACCUUUGUGUGGAAGAGAUUGAAGCUGGGAAUAAGGGAAUCUUUGCUGCCUUAAGUGCCAAAGGUUGGAGCAAUUUGGUAAUCAAAUUUCGUGAUGAGACUGGUCUAAACUAUGAUAAGGAACAAUUAAAAUGUAGGUGGGAUGUAUUAAAAGCAGAUUGGAGAGUGUGGGAAAAAUUGAAGGGUGUUGACACAAAUUUAGGUUGGGAUGCAGUGAAGGGAACAAUUGAUGCUAGUGAUGAUUGGUGGGACAUGAAGUUGAAGGAAGUACCCAAAGCUUCAAAAUUUCGACAUAAAGGUCUACAGAAUCUACAACAACUUGAUAGAAUGUUUAGGGAUAUUGCAGCAACUGGAGCAGAACUCAUGUAGUACAAUUUUUUUUAUAUUUUUAUGUAGUACAAUUUAAACUUCGAUUA